CUGGCGGAGGUGAUUAAGGCCUUCGGGGCCCCCGAGAACGCGCAGCGCAUGGAGGAGGCUCGGGACAACGCCUGCAACGACAUGGGCAAGAUGCUGCAGUUCCUCCUGCCCGUGGCCACCCAGAUCCAGCAGGACGUGAUCAAAGCCUACGGCUUCAGCAAUGAUGGCGAAGGGGUUCUAAAGUUUGCCCGGCUGAUCAAGUCCUACGAGUCGCAGGACCCGGAGAUCGCCAGCAUGUCGGGCAAGCUCAAGGCCAUGUUCCUGCCGCCCAUGACGCUGCCACCGCAUGGGACUGGGACUAGUGGAGUGACAACCUCCUGAGACCGUGGACCUCUCCUGUCCCACCAGGUCACAGUGCUCUGGCUGGUGGCCUCCAUCCAAGGUGCAGGUCCCGUCAGCCCCGCGAAUGGAGCACUUGAACAAGGGAGAUACUGACCUGAGAUAAAUGGCAUGCUUUGUGCCUGCUUGUGUGUCUGCUUGUGAAUAAAAAAAGUCUUGAAA